GCCCCCUCGGUUCCGGGCAGGGGAGGGGGGGCGGGCAGCCGUCAGCAGAAGCCGGGCCCCGGCGGCGGGGGCUCCAUGGCGGCUCCCUUCGAGGAGCGCAGCGGCGUGGUGCUCUGCGGGACGCCCUGGGGCUGCUGGUACCAGACGCUGGAGGAGGUGUUCAUCGAGGUGCACGUGCCGCCCGGCACCCGGGCCAAGGACGUGAGCUGCAGCCUGCAGAGCCGCCACCUGGCGCUGGCCGUUGGGGGCCGGCAGCUGCUGCAGGGUAAACUUUUUGACUCUACAAUAGCUGAUGAAGGAACAUGGACGUUAGAAGACAGAAAACUGAUACGAAUUGUUCUGAUGAAGACAAAUCGAGAUGCUGGAAAUUGUUGGACGUCUCUGUUAGAAAAUGAUUAUGCUGCUGAUCCUUGGGUACAAGACCAGAUGCAAAGGAAACUUACACUGGAACGAUUCCAAAGAGAGAACCCUGGAUUUGACUUCAGUGGUGCAGAAAUUUCUGGAAAUUACAGCAAAGGAGGACCAGACUUUUCUAGCCUUGAAAAAUGAACUCUUUUCACCUGUGUUCCUGGAGAGAAAUUACACAUUGUACUGGAGGACUGGAAUAUGUAAUUGGUGAAGACUUCAGAGAUCUAGUCAGUGGAUUGUUGGCAAGUAAUUACUUCAGCAAAGAGAAAGGAGGUCUCUGAAGGCAUGCAAGACACAGACUCCUGAUGGCUCUUGAACAGGAGACAUUUAUUGCCCUUUUUUACUACUACAUAUACUUUCCCCAUAGCCCCACGCGCUGUCCAUGCGCCCGAAUCUGUCUUACAAGUGGUUUGAGACCCUCAGACACGCGCCUUGAGCCAGCCAGCAAUUGGCCACUGCCCAAAGCUCAUCUUUAACACUCUAGCCAAUUUACUUUAUCUCGACCUUGCUCAAGUUUUUGGUUCUACCGCUGUUUUCCUCAUUAUCUCUAACUCAGGGACGUGUGAAACAGCGCGAAGCCACCUGCGAAUUCCUUUCCCACAAAACAGCACAAAGCUCCCUGUGAAUUCCUUUCCCACAGGUCUCUUCUAGCAGAACGAAGACAGUGUCAGCAGCUGAUUCGUAAGCUGCGAUAACUUUCUCACGUUAAAAGGAUAAAAUACAUAAAAAGUGUAUACAAAAAAGUAACAUCCUGAAGCAGAACACUUCUCUGAUACAACAGUAAACUAGUCAGUUAUAAAUAUACCACUUGUCUUUAUGUAAGAAUAUCUUUACUGUUGAAGAUGGAUCCUAGAAGCAAGAUACUGAAUAUUUUUUUCUUAACUUGCAACUAGAAGGAUAUUGGGAAGGCUACAGCUGCACUUUUGAAACAGACUUGCACUUUUAGCAGCCCUCUAAGAAUUUGUACCUUAUUCUAAAAUAGUGGUUAAUAAACUACUGCAUCUUGCCUCAACUGAGGCUUUACAAUGCACUGCAUUGCCAAAUAUAGCACUAAAAGGGGCUCUCAGUUCUGUGUGCAUGUCCAGGAACAGGCCUGUGAGUGCUGCAACUGCAGCCAGGCUGUGGGGCAGCAGGUGUGUGUGCCCACAGCUGGAGUGAGUGCAGGUGGUGCCUAUGGAGGUGAUGGCAUCACCGUCCCCAGGGGUGUUCAAGGGAAGGUUGGACCUGGUGCUUAGGGACAUGGUUUAAUGGGUGACAUCAGUGGUAGGGGGAGGGUUGGACCAGAUGACCUUGAAGGUCUUUUCCAACCUUAACGAUUCUGUGAUUCCUUGCUCUCAGCUAAGUGCUACUGGAGAGGAGACAAGUCAAGUGAAAGUCUGGGUAUACAUAACUGUGUUAAUGUCAAAGUCUUUCAGUAGAAAUAUUUAAAACUUUGCAAGUAAGAGAAUGUAAUAAUUCUUGAAAAAAGUAGGAAGUCCUUAAGUAAGAAAUAUCUUGCAUCUGUUCGCCACCAACAUACAGUACAAGCUGCUUAUAUAAGCUGAACAUGCAGCUGUAGAUUUCUGCAGUUAGUUUUCAGUUUGAUAGCCACACCUUAAACUUGGCUACUGCACGAUUUAAUAUUUUGCAUGCGCCAAUUACUUAUGAUUUUUCUACUCGUUCUUAAGGAUGCAGCUCAGAAGCCCUCCAACUGCAUCACAUGGGACAAACGGUGUGGCAAACUAACAAGAAGAAAACACGAUUGCCAAAUUCUAUUGUAUUCUGAACACUGAAACUAUUGCCUGUAAGUAGGUCCUAAGCACAAGUCCCCCUGGAGAUUACCAGCAGCAUCUAUGAUAGUGUUGAACCUUACUUUAAAAAUUGCAUCAUUAUUUCAGUUGGGAUAUGGCAAAAAUAAAGCAAGAGUUGUUGACGAAUGCUUUUGCUGUAAUUACAUCCAAUGCUUUCUUGCACCAGCAAGCAAACCAGCAGUACUCCUGAAAUAAUUGUGAUUUUUCUACCCCCAUCAUCUUUACAGAAAUAUAUAGUAGCACUAAAUGCCAUGGUAAGGUUUUAGACAGCUUUCCAUAGUGUACAAAAGUAGGUAUAGUUUGGUAUUAAGUGCAUCUUUGCCACAAUUGUAGUUCAGAAGUUGGAUGGUGCAGUUAAGGCACGAACAAGACCGCUGCAAGUGCCAAAAUACUACUCAGUGCAAGUAUUUCACAUGACAACAGUUAAGCUGGCUUACACAGUAAGGCAUCACAGCUUUGAAUUGUUGUAAGAGGACAGGUUUAAACUAGUUGGAUAGCUACUUCUCUUGUCCGCUGCAAGUUUUGGAAUUAUCUGGAUGAAAAGGAAAAAAAUAAGUUAUUUUAGGCCUUUUCCUAACAGGUAUCUGCUAAAUUUGCAUUCAGGACUUCAAAUAGUGGGUUGUGUCCCAUGUCACAAGUCUCACUGGGGACUUCCAUCCCUUCUUAGACACAGUAACAGGCAUGACAAAUGCGUAAAUUUGGGUGUGUGAUACAGAAAUGAGAUAAACCCACUCUCUAGGAAAUCAUCCUGUGCACUCAUUGAAGUGCUGCUUUGUUACGUAAGUGAGCACCAGGCAGCAAAACAGCCUACAGCUAUUUUUUUCAUGGCUCUGCUUUAAGAUAAGCCCAGAAUAAUGCCAGAGCUUUAGCUUUGUUUAUCACAACUACUCCCUGUGAAUGUGUUAGAUACAGAAAUGUAUAGCUAAACUUAUGUCUAGUCAAAUUGGAAUGCUCAGAUGAGUCCAGAAAAUGAAAUCUUGGGCUUUGAAAGUCAGGCGCCACGUUCUCUUUAAGGAAGCACUGCAUUUACAGCAAUAUAUAGAAGCAGGCGAUACACAGUAUCAGCUUAACAAUGGAACAUUUGAACAGUGUAAACUACUUGUCAACUCAUUUGUGUAGCUGCUUUCACGUCUCAAAGGUGUUAGAGCAAUCAUGUCAGCAAGCUGACAUAAUUUUACCACAGACCUUGAGAUUUUUCUUGUUUCUUCCCUAGCCCUUCCCCUGCAGCCUCAACCUCUUAAAAAUAUCCUUCCUUACCUCUUGCAGAGACAUUUCUCACGUAGUAUUGAGGUAUAAGCCACUUAAUAGCCUUCCUACAACAAGGCUUUAUAACAAAUUGGAACAAAGUUGCUUGGUUAACCGCAUUUCAACAUUUAAUUGAAAGGUACAUACCUUGACACAUGACAACACCAGUAGAAUUGCACACUGCAUCGUUGUCCAUCUCUCCCAGUAAGCUGCCCACCCCUUUGUCUGAGUCACGUGUAUGCUUUCAGAGGCCAGCACAAUGCACAGAGAGCACUGGCAGAUGGAAGACUCGAUUAAAUGCUAUGCAGUGCAAUCAUUCCCAUGAGUUCACGAGAAAGCUUGAUUUGUUCAGUACAGAGCUUUGGUAUGAAGUCUUUUGUGAAGAAUUUAAUUAGUUUAAGAUAUGCUAAGAAUGGUUUACGCAUCAGCUAUUACCAUUAAGGGGACAGGUUUGGUAGGCUAGCAUUUAAGCCCACACUAUAUUCAGAUCGCUCAUUUUCCCCUAAAUCCAUUUACAUGGCAGUUAUGAUCAGCCUACCCCUAACAGCCUCUGCUCCACAGUGACACAGAAUUCAAGAGGUCAUUAGCAACAUUCCCCCCCUCACCUCUAUCCAUCUCACAUCCAAUAACACAUUCUUAUUAUUCACUUUUAUGUUAGUACCAAAAGCAAGAUACGCCUCAAGUACUGAUGCGGUCUUCAGGG